GGCCCACUACGCAGAGUUCCUUGCUAGCAAGAAGAGCGACCAGUCGUCUCUGCAGCGAUGGAAGUCGCCCUACACCCUCUCGUACCCGCGGCAGAUCCUGCUGUGCAUGUGGCGUUCCCUUGCGCUGAUCAAGGCAGCGCCGCAGAUGACGGUGACAAUGCUUGUCGUCAACCUCUUCCAGACCGUCAUUGUCGCUAGCCUCUUCUAUCGGCUGUCUGAAACGGCCGAGUCCAUGAAGUCCCGCAGUACGCUGCUGUUCACGGCCGCGCUGGUCAACGCCUUCAUCUGCAUACUGGAGGUGGCGGCCUUGUUCGCCAAGCGGGCCAUCGUCGAGAAACAUGUUCGCUACGCCCUCUAUCACGCCUCUGCCGAGGCUAUCGCUGACCUAGCCAUGAGUUUGCCGUUCAAGCUGAUUAACUCCAUCAUCGUCAACACCGUCUUCUACUGGAUGUGCAACAUGCGGGCGGGAGGCGGCCCUUUUGUCUUCUUCGUGCUCGUCCAGUUCGCCAUGACGCUCGCUUUGAGCCUGUUCUUCCGCCUCGUGGCCUCAGCGGCCAAGAGCCAAGCGACAGCUAUGGCCCCAGCGUCGACAGUGCUGCUCACGCUGGCCUUGUACACGGGCUUCGGCGUACCGCCCGCAUACUACAAGACUUAUGCUGCAUGGAUCGCCAAGGUCAACCCCGUCGCGUAUGGGUUCGAGGCCCUCAUGAUCAACGAGUUUGGCAACGGUCGCAGGUUCCCUUGCACGACCUUUGUUCCGUCUGGCCCGGCCUAUAACGCGAGUAUGGCGAUGCCGCAGACGCGCGCGUGUGCUGUGCAAGGGGCUGUCGCGGGGGCUCCCUUCGUCGAUGGGAGCGCCUACAUCGCUGGUGCCUUUGGGUAUUUGGAAAGCCACCGAUGGCGGAACGUCGGCAUCAUCUUUGCCUUCGCGGCAAUCUACCUCCUGUUGCAUCUCGUUGUCACGGACCUGGUAAGCAGCGAAAAGAGCCACGGGGAGGUACUCGUUUUCCCCAGGGGAAAAGCCCCGACGAGGCGUGAAAACAGAGACGAUGUGGAGGACCAUUCCUGGAACUGGCCGCAGGACCACGGCAGGCCGGAUGAUCAUGAUAAAGACCAUGGCGGGCUGGGGAUCGACCGCCAAACGGCCAUUUUCCACUGGAGCAACGUCUGUUACGAUGUUAAGGUCAAGAAGAAGGAGACGAAGCGCAUCCUGGACUGCGUGGACGGGUGGUGUGAGCCGGGUACGCUCACUGCGCUCAUGGGCGUCUCAGGCGCCGGCAAGACGACCCUUCUCGACGCCCUCGCCUCGCGCCUGUCAACCGGCGUCGUGACGGGCGAGAUGCUCGUAGACGGAGCCCCGCGCGAUGCCUCAUUCCAGCAGAAAACUGGCUACGUCAAGCAGCAGGACCAGCACCUCGUCACGUCAACGGUGCGCGAGGCCCUCACCUUCAGCGCCGUCCUCCGCCAACCGGCCCGCUUCUCGCACGAGGAAAAGAUUGCCUACGUCGACAAGGUCAUCGACAUUCUCGGCAUGGGGCAGUAUGCCGACGCUGUCGUUGGCGUGCCCGGCGAGGGUCUGAACGUGGAACAGCGCAAGAGACUGACCAUUGGUGUCGAGCUAGCCGCCCGUCCUGCCCUGCUUCUGUUCCUAGAUGAGCCCACCUCGGGCUUGGACUCGCAGACGAGCUUCUCUAUAUGCUCUCUGCUCGAGACCUUGAGACAAAAUGGCCAGGCUAUUCUGUGUACGAUCCAUCAGCCAUCGGCGGUUCUUUUUGAGCGCUUUGACAGGCUUCUUCUUCUUGCCCCCGGCGGACGAACCGUCUACUUCGGCCAGAUCGGACGCAACGCAAACGUCCUUGUCGACUACUUUAUUCGCAAUGGCGGCCCUCGGCCCUUUAAGAAUCAAAACCCGGCCGAGUACAUUCUCGAACAAGUUCGCGCCGGCGGCAAACAGAAAAAUGGCAACGACUGGCCCAACAUCUGGCGGCAUAGUCCCGAAUACGCCGACGUCAAAGCCCACCUGGCGCGACUGAAGGAAGAAGCCGGCGGGAGAGCAAGGCGGAGGGGGACGAUGGCAAUGCAACAGCAGCAGGAUCCGUCUUUCGCCGCUCCCUUCUCCCAACAGCUUUCCGAAGUGACGAGGCGUGUGGCUCUACACUACUGGCGCACCCCGAGUUAUGUCUAUGCAAAGAUGCUGUUAACCUUUGGCGCCGCUCUCUUCAUUGGCCUUUCGCUGCUCAACCUGCCCAACACGCAGGUCGGUAUCACCAUCCAGUUCAUCGCCAUCUUCAUGUUCCUCACAACACACUUCAACCUGAUGCUGCAGAUCCUGCCUAUCUUCGUUGCCCAGCGCACCCUCUACGAGGGCCGCGAGCAGCCUUCACGCACCUACUCAUGGGCCGCCUUUAUGACCGGCCAGAUGGUCGUCGAGAUGGUCUACAACACCCUCAUGGCCCCGCCAGCAUUCCUGGCAUGGUACUAUCUCGUCGGUCUCUACCGCAACGCCGCCGAGACCAACGACACGGCCUCGCGCGGUGGGUUAGCCUUUCUGUUCAUGCUCGUCUUCUUCCUGCAGGCCAGCACCUUUGCGCACAUGGUCGCCGCUGCCUUGGACCUUGCCGACCAGGCCGCCGGCAUCGGCAACCUUCUUUUCGUCAUGAUGUUCAUCUUCAACGGCAUCCUCGCCACGCCGCCCAAGUUCUGGACAUGGGUGUAUCGCGUCAACCCAAUCACCUAUCUCGUCGAGGGCCUUCUAGGUGCGGGGCUCGCCAACGCCCGCAUUCGCUGCGCUGACAACGAGUUCCUCCACAUGAGCCCGCCGCCAGGCCAGACGUGCGGCCAGUACCUGCAGGCCUUUAUCGCCCAAGCCGGCGGAUACCUUGCCGACCCAGCCGCCGCCGCCGACUGCCGCUUCUGUCUGACAAGCAACACGAACGAGGUGCUGGCCGGUGUCCAGGUCAAGUUCGGCAACCGCUGGCGUGACUUGGGAAUCCUUUCCAUGUACGUCCUCUUCAACACCGUGGCGGCCUUCGCUCUGUACUGGACCCGUGUGCCGAAACCCAGGAGAGAUGAAGGCGGUACAUCAUCCCCGCCACCAUCAUCAUUGCCAUCAUCAAGCCAACAGGACGGCAACAGCAGCACGAAUCCUCUUGCAAAGGCCCGGAAUCGUCUUAAGGGUAAGGUCAAGGGUAAAGGAGGGCGAGACGGUGUUGCUGGCGGACCCUCGCCGCAACUUCCCUGGACCGAGGAAACACGGGUCGACACGUCUUUAAGCGGCUGCACCUUGCAAGAUACGCAGGCCGUGAAAGUGCCUGGAUCGGCUCGGUCGUCCACCAACGGCGGCAUUCAGGGGCUCGGGAGAAGCAGCAAGAGGUACUGGGAUGACGACGACGAAGACAAUACUGACGACGUCCAAGCUCAGGACGAUCACGUGGAUAAAUAUGAGAAGCAGGAAAGUGGAUCGGAGGAUUUAGGUGAGGACGAAGAAAGGGGUCAGGACGUUUACUUUACCAUGCUAAGGCCACCCACGACUCCCCAAUACUGGAUUUGAUUGUAAUUAGAGGAUUAACAUGACUGGUUUGUGUCAGAGUUCAAAUUUAACUACAAGAAUUCAAUUUCACGUUCGUAC